GAACGACACUUACAUGCUCUCCAUUUACUGCGGAGACAGGUGUUAGUGGCAGGGUCUUGUCAGUCGAUUUCCAAUAUCGGUACUCGGUACCUGCACUUGUCCCGUUGUCGUGCUCAACGCCAAAAUACGACGCGUGUAUUUCUGCAGUGGUCGAAACAGACCCGGGGAUUCAGACACUCAUACUUGAUGAAAUUUGUUCGGAAUCAUGACGGAAAACACUUACUGCGAAUACGAAGAUUUAACAUACGACACAGCCUGUGUCGUCGUCAAGACGAGCACCGAUUACCCCGAAACUUGGCUCUACUCCCUGUCGUCCGAUUGCCACUUGUGUCCGUACACGCGAAUCGGUCAGAUAACUUACGCGCAAAAUCAGAGCUUCACAUUUCAAACGGAGAGAUCCUUGACAUGGAGGGUCCGAAGCAACGGCAUCGAGGAAUACGUUCCCGCAUCGAAUACAAGCGACAUAAUCUGCAGUUUAGUACCGAAUUUAGGACAAUUCGGUGUAUACGAAUUCGACGUUAACAAUGGAAGCUGCAUUCUCAGCAUCGUGAAGGAUCCCUCGAGUUUGUACAUCCCUCUCCUCGCUGUGUUUCUCGUAACACUCUGUCUACUGGCCGGAUGUGCUUUAUUAAGAACCGGAAUAAACAAUUUGAGAAAAAAAUUUAAAGAUCAAAAUCCGAGCGUAGGUGCUGCGGAUGCGCAAGAGAAGACGUCGGUGGUUAAACGGAGAGUAAGAUCCAUCGACACGUUCAGAGGAAUAAGUAUUCUAGCGAUGAUUUUCGUGAAUGACGGUGCCGGAGGCUACUCGGUUUUGGAACAUGCAACAUGGGACGGUUUGCUGGUCGGGGAUUUGGUUUUUCCGUGGUUUAUGUGGAUAAUGGGAGUGUGUUUGCCAAUAUCGGUGGGUUCCCAACUUUCGAGACAAGUUUCUCGUCUCACCAUGUGUGGAGCAACCAUCAAGCGCAGCGCAAUCUUGUUCCUUCUCGGAUUAUCGCUGAACACCCUCGGCACCAACGCGCAGCUUGAAAACAUCCGAUUGUUCGGUGUUCUCCAGCGUUUCAGCGUUGUCUACCUCAUCGUCGCCCUGAUCCUGGUUAUACUCAACCGGAGAAGACGCAUCGAGCCUAAGAAUCCGUUUCUCGAAGCCGUCAGCGACAUCUUCGUCCUCCUUCCUCAAUGGGUGCUGGUUUUAUGUCUGGUCGCUGCCCAUUCGGCGAUAACGUUUCGCCUGCCGGUUCCGGGCUGUCCAACAGGAUAUCUUGGUCCCGGGGGACGUCACGACGAUGCCAAAUACCCCGAUUGCGUGGGCGGCGCAGCCGGCUACGUAGAUCGAAAAAUACUGGGAACACAGCAUAUUUACCAAUACCCAACAGCCAACACGGUUUAUGGAUCGGGUCCGUUCGAUCCCGAGGGAAUACUGGGUUGCCUGAGCUCGGUGUUUCAGGUAUUUCUCGGUGUUCAGGCUGGCAUGAUAUUGAAAUACUACACAAGUUGGAAGGGCCGAGUGUGCAGGUGGAUGGGAUGGGCCUUAAUUUGCGGGGCCGUCGGUCUGGCAUUGCAUUUUACUAACAUUGUACCAAUCAACAAAAAUUUAUGGUCAAUGUCUUUCGUGCUUGUUACAACGAGCCUCGCGUUUCUGCUGUUGACGAUUUGCUACGUCUUGGUAGACGUGAUGGAAUUUUGGCGAGGCGGACCGUUCAGGAUACCCGGAAUGAACGCGUUGGCGAUGUACGUUGGCCAUCAGCUCUGCUAUCAAAUAUUUCCGUUCCACUGGGCUUACGGUGAAAUGAACACUCAUACUUGGCGACUGAUCGAGGCGAUAUGGGGCGUCGGGCUUUGGACUGUAAUCGCCUACUUUCUCCACCGUAGAAAAAUAUAUCUAACCUUAUGAAGCGCACUGUUUCCCGAUGAAUUUUGCAUUCGCUUAACCAU